AUGGAGGCGGCGGUGGUGGUGAGCGCAUCGCGUGGCGCCUUGGGUGCUCUGCUAUGUAAGCUUUCUGAUCUGCUCGUGAGCAAGUACAAGCUGCUCAAAGGAGUCAGGGGCGAGAUCAUGUUCCUUAGAGCUGAGCUUGAGAGCAUGUACGCGUUCCUGGAGCGGAUGUCAGACGCGGAGGAGGAGCCCGACAAACAAGGAAAGUGUUGGAUGGAGCAGGUGCGUGAGCUGUCCUAUAACAUCGAGGAUAGCCUUGACGAGUUCAUGCUCUGCAUCGAACGUGAGCCCAACAGCAAGCCACAUGGAUUCAGCGGGUUUCUUGAAAAGAGCAUGAAUUUCUUAACGAAGGCCAACACUCAGCACAGGAUCUCCAAGGAGUUCCAAGGCCUGAAGAGCCGUGUCAUGGAAGUGAGCGAGCGGCGCAUGAGGUAUAAGGUUGAUGACAUCGUCACCAAGCAAAGCCACACGUCCGUAGAUCUUCGCCUGUUGUCACUAUAUGCUGAGACAAUCGGUCUUGUGGGCAUCGAUGGGCCAAGGGAUGAACUAAUACGGCUAAUGAUGGAUGAAGAUAGUGCUUCUGCACGACAGCUGAAGGUGUUCUCUGUCGUAGGAUUUGGAGGUCUUGGCAAGACUACACUUGCAAAUGCUAUUUAUCGCAAGCUAGAGGGGAAGUUCCAGCACAGAGCUAUUAUUUCUGUGUCCCAGAAGCCAAACAUAUGGAGGAUUUUCAGAAAUAUACUUUCUCAAGUUGGCUUUGUAACACCGGAGCACACCAACAUGGAAACAUGGGGCCAGGAUGAAGUUAUCAGGACACUCCAAAACUUCCUUACAGGCAAGAGGUACUUUAUUGUAAUUGACGACAUAUGGGAUGAGACUGCAUGGAAUAUUAUUAAGUGCGCUCUUCCAGAGACCAUGAAUGGUAGCAGAUUGAUAACCACUACGCGAAUUGAUACAGUUGCUAGAGUGUGCUGCUCCAAUCACUAUGACUAUGUAUAUAAGAUGAAGCCACUAACUGACCAAGACUCGAGAAAGUUAAUUUUCAGCAGAGUAUUUGGUUCGGAGGAUGCUUGUCCUCCAUAUUUGCGAGAAGUUUCAGCUAAAAUUUUGAAAAGAUGUGGUGGUUUGCCACUCGCUAUUAUUACUGUAUCUAGCAUUUUGGCUAGUAAACAAAGUAAGCUGAAGGGGCAGUGGGAACAUGUUCUGAAUUCUUUGAGCUCCAACUUUGAAGUGAAUCACACCUUGGAAGGAAUGAGACAGAUACUAAACCUUAGCUACAUCAAUCUUCCUCAUUAUUUGAGAACAUGCAUGCUAUAUUUGGGUAUUUAUCCAGAGGAUUACACCAUCGAGAAAAAUGAUUUGGUCAGGCAAUGGGUGGCCCAAGAUUUUGUAAGUAAGUUGCAUGGGCGAGAUCUGGAGGAUGUUGCAGAUAGUUAUUUUAAUGAGCUUGUCAACAUGAGUAUUAUUCAACCAGUUGAUAUAGAUCCUAACAACGAGGUGUUAUCUUGCCGAGUACAUGAUAUGAUGCUGGAUCUUAUUGUACACAAGUGUACAGAAGAAAACUUUAUCACUGUAACAGAUGACUUACAAGCCAUGGCAGGGCUGCCUAAUAAGGUCCGUCGACUCUCCCUCUACUUGGAUGGUGUAAUAGAUGCCACAGUAUUGGGAACCACUCAUCUCUCGCAAGUAAGAGCGCUUGCGAGAUUUGGUACCUCAACAUAUGCACCUUCUCUGUUGGAUUUCAAGCAUCUCCGGGUUUUAACUCUUGAAUUUCCAAGUGGAAACCAUGGGCCCAAGAUACUCGACCUUACUGGUAUGAGUCAUUUGUUCCAACUGAAGUAUUUAAAAAUCGUAGCAUGUGGUGAAUUAGCACUACCAAGGAAAAUCCAAGGAUUGGAGCAAUUGGAGACAUUGGAAUUAAGAACAUCCAGCAUGGUUGAAAUUCCAACAGAUGUUGUUAAUCUGUGUCGGUUACUGCAUCUGGUCAUUCCACAAGUGACACAUUUGCCCAGUGGGAUUGGUAAUAUGAAAUCUCUACGUACUCUCAGAGAGUUCAGUUUGGGCCUCAACUCAGUAGAGACCAUCAGAGACCUUGGAGAUCUGACCAACUUGAGGGAUCUGCAAAUAUCAUCUUUUGGUGGGGUGCAAUUGGAUGACAUGGAAAAGGGGCAACGGAUGGAUGUAUUGAGGCAUUCCCUUGAAAAGCUUUGCAACCUCAGAUACCUGCGUAUGGAUCCUUAUCUCCCUAACAUAUGCAGAGAUGCAUUAAGUUUCAUGUCUGCUUCUCCCUGCCUUCUUCAGAGACUCCAUAUUUGGUGCAUGUUAUCGAGGGUUCCCAAGUGGAUUGGAGAGCUCCAUUUCCUCUAUGACCUUGAACUCGUGGUUGAGGUGUUGGAUGAUUUUGGGAUCCUUGCACAGUUGCACUCCCUUUUGCACCUUAAACUGCACGUCGAAGGAACUCUUAAAGAUAAGGUCACCAUAUGCGGCAUUGGAUUCCUUGUUCUCAAUCAUUUUAUAUUCUCCUACAUCAGGAUAUCAGAUCUGACCUUUGAGGCAGGGGCAAUGCCCAAGCUCCAGAAACUCGAGGUAAGAUUCAAUGAGCAGUACGGGAAUGCGCCUGUUGGCAUCGAGCACCUGUCAGGCCUCACUGAAUUUUCUGUAAGCAACGGAGGGUAUAAUGCCUUGGAAUCCAGCAGAAGUGUUUCACAGUCCGCAUUGAGGAACGCCAUGGACAUGCACCCAUGUCGUCCUGCAGCGAAAAUCAACCCUUGUGGCAAUUCGCAAUUCCUUCGGUGCUUCGACGAUGACGGCUUCAGUUGGAGGAAGUACGGCACCAAGAAUGUCAUCGGUGCCAAGCAACCCAGAAGUUGCUUCCGGUGCGCGCACAAACACACACAGGGCUGCCGUGCGACGAAGCGGGUGCAGCCAACUGAGAGCGACCCGCUCCUGUUCCACGUCGUGUACAUUGGAAAACACUCGUGCACUCCACAUCCACAGCCUGCUCAGGAGCAGAGUUCCGUCUCCAAGGGGAGCAUGCAGGGGAUGGAGUGUGACUCAACUAGGAACUACUCGACGGGCGAUAUGCCGCACCGGGAUACUGAUUACUGGGAUAACUGUGGUUACUUCUGA